UACCUUUUUUUGUAACCUAACUGAUCACAGAAUUUGUCUCAGAUGGAUGUUAUUGUAUAAUUCGUUCGCACAAAGGCGGCAGCAGUUUUCAUUGCUAUCAUUUUACGGUAGAAAUUUUCGACUAAAUACAUUUAACUGGAAAGGAAUGCGAUCACAUCCCUGUUCACCAUCACGAUCUCCUGACUUCGACGGAUUCAACGACUCAAUAUCACCAACUAUACCAUAUUGCGAUUCUCAUAGAAUGGUAUUAUUUUCAAUGAUGCCUGACGAACACACACAACACGAUCACGAUCGUUCUCGACACGACAGCUCAGCGUGCAAAGGGUGUAGUGAAUGUGAUGCUGCUAAAGUACUAAUUUCUAUACGUAACUGCGACUCAACAAGUACAAUGACUUCAACUACCACAUCGACUGUUGCUUCACCAGCGAAACUCGUGAGCCCACCUCAAAGAAAAACGCUAUUACCUCCAAGGCUGCGAUUUAGAAAGCAAUAUAUCAACAAUUAUAGUUAUCCCAGAAAGACUGAUUCUUAUUCGGCUCCACCAACGCCGUGUGAGAGUCCAAAGCCGGCGGACAGCCCCCCUACUACUUUAACCCCUCCAUACACUCCCCCACCGAACAAUCACAGCACAGACUCUCAAUACGUUCCUGCUCAAUUUACCAAUUCUCAGCCUACUGUGGCAAUGUCAAAUCAAUCGUCGUCAACCGUAGUGACUGCCUCGCAGAAUCAUUUUCUACAAAGUGUCAGUAAUAAGUUACUACGUCACAGCAACCAUCAGAUGCUACACCAUCCUAUUUUAUUGGAAAAUCAUGGACGCCGAAGACACGGUAGUGAUGGUUAUCUAAUUCAUCACACCGCUAAAAGAAUGCGUAUUAUGCUCGGGGAAGAAAGGCAUCAAACCAUGGUUGCACCUAGUGGAAAAAUAGUACCCGAACCUCGUACAGUGAUUCAGUCGCCGCCAACAUCGCAAGAACCUGGGUGUUCACAAAACGUUACGACGGCAGAAUCAUUUCCAAAACCUGUUUCCACUAUGCACUUAGAGGCUCCAAACCUUUCCCCAAGCUGGUUUCUAUCUUCCCUACCGCCAAGCAAUUGCGCUUCUCCAACCGAAUUGGAAAAGCACAUGAAUAAUAACAAUCCGGCGAAUUUACGCACACCUUUAUAUUUGACUCCAAUUUCAUCUCCGUUGAGCCACCACCAUCACCAAAACGAGGAGGCACCUUCAGACCAUCAGCAGCUAUCAUCUAUUCAAGAGGAAGCUGAUAGCACACGAAAAGAAGAUCUUAGAUCACCUCCCAAGAUUGUGCAAGCAACUCCGGAGCAGGCUUUGAGAGUUGAAGCCACCAAAAGUCAUGACCAUCAUAAUAAUUUGAAAGUUCAUUGGAAUGAUAAGCCCGAAGAAAUAUUUCCGACCCAACAACAUUCACCGCCACCUGUAGUAGCAAAAGAAACAACCCCGAGUUCAACGCAGUUUAAUGACGCUGCUUUCGUAAUUCCUAAACCAAUUCCAAGACCUCUCAGGGAAAUUAAAUCCAACGUAAACAAGCCAACUCCGGUACAUUCCGUGUCGGUACCGACAAUAUCGAAAGAGCAAGAAAUUAACGUUUCUUCUGUUAAUCUUGUCAAAAUGGAACAAGGAAAAGGCAAAGACACCCAACCUGGACAAUUUUUACCUGUUGCCGGAACCAAUAUACAAGCAAUGCCUAUCAUGAUCAUGGGGAACGUGCAAAACCUCACUCAAGCCGGAAGCGCGGUACUUUUGGUUGUGAACCCACAACAACAGCAACAAAUCUCCACUACUGUAGUAUCUACAAUAUCACAAGCAAUUUCACCGCCUCCAGUAAGUUCACCAAGGUCUCCGACUGCUAUUGCACCAGCAACAUCAAAACUUCAACCAUUGGCGCCUAGUUGCGCGCCAAUAAUCAUUGGAUCGACCAAUGGGUUAGCUUUCAACCAAAACAAUCAACCAAUACUCAUCGGGGCAGGUUCCCCGUCGAACAGUCGAGACGCAGAUCCGAGGAGACGUAACCAUCAGUGCCAUUAUCAGGACUGUGGAAAGACCUACUUCAAGAGUAGUCACCUGAAAGCUCAUCUCCGUACUCACACAGGCGAAAAACCUUUCAAAUGUGUUUGGGAGGGAUGCGAUAAGUGUUUCGCAAGAUCAGACGAACUUUCUAGGCACAAGCGCACUCACACUGGUGAAAAACGAUUUGAGUGUCCGGUCUGUCAACGAAGAUUCAUGCGAAGUGACCAUCUCACUAAGCACAUGAGACGUCAUACCGAAGGUCGUAGAAUUCCUAACUGGCAAAAAGAAGUUGCCAAGUUGAAUCCUAAUUCACAGAAAUCUCCACCAAGAAAUCAACAUGCUGCUUCAAUUGCCCCAGUUCUCUUACCCAAUGGUCCCGUUCUUAAGACCGAAGUCACUAUGCAUUCUACUCCUUUGCAGUUGUCCCAACAUGUGUUCGCGGCUGGUGUUGGGAGGCAGCAGAUCAAAAUUGCCCCAGCGCCCCCUAAAGAGCACUCAUCACCCACUCUUACCCCGGCGUAAUUACUCAGAAAUACUGAAUACUUGUCUUCCACUGUACGCAUAUGUGCGUGGCACAAUGUCAUUUAUAAGCUGAAUUCAAAUCUGAACCUUGUAUAACGGUGGAUGGAAUAUAUAUAUAUGUCUCAUGUUACUGCUAUUUUCUUUCAAAUUGCCGACAGUGUUCCAAUAUGUCGAAAUUUAUCAUUGAAAUAUACUGAUCAUCCGUGAGUGAUAUGUAACUCGUGUUUGAUUUUAUAUAAUUCAACGAUAAGUUUGUUUCAAGUAUUUUUCUGUUUUGUCGAAGCGACUUUUUUCGAAUUAUUUUGUUCCACUUUGUAUUCUUAAUAUAUAUCAUGAAAAUGCAAUA